AGAUAUCAGUCAUCUGCAAAUGUCAUUUGUUUCUAUUCAUUGUCAGGAAAAUCACAUUCGGAAUACGUCCCUACCCCAUAGUGGCGAAUGCCCGACAGUCUCCGGUAGAAACUCGCGGAUACCGUCACCGGCGCCAUGGAGGCGCUGCGGUUUCGCUUUGGGAAGUGGGGCGGCGCCAAGCGCUCAAAAUCGACCAGCAAGCCCUUAACCAGGAACACCACCGCGGCCAGCAGCAGAUCCAUCUCCCGGGCUACGAAUGCAUCACUAACUUCGUUAGCCAGGCGCAGGCGUACCACCAGGCACAUGAAAGCCAAGUCCGUGGCCUUCGACCAAAACAAUUACGUGGUGGCUGGGGGCAAGGCGAAGAAGAGAAUGUCUAACGCGAGACCGUCUAACGCGGAUCAGGGCAUCACAACAAAGCGAGGCAUGACAGUUGUGGAGGUGAUCAUGCCAAUUAGGGACUCACUGGAGGGUAAAUACAACUGUAACGCGCUGCACGAGGGCCGCAAGGUGCUUAAUGAGAAAAUGCGGGUCCACGUGGACACGCUAUUCAACAUGCUGUUCUCCGCUACGUCGCCGUUCUUCCAGAAAUUCCACGAGAUGCGAAAUUCGACGGACCUCAAGCUGGGCGAGUGGCGGAAGAAUGCCGCAGGUCUGAACGAGCGCGUCAUCACGGUCACCGUCGCCCUCAAGGGCAACGUCGGCCCCAAAGUGGCCAAGGUCACCGAGACGCAGACCCUGCGCGACUGCACCCGCCCCGGCCAACUCUACUCCAUCGAUGCGACCAGCGUCAAUGCGGAUAUUCCCUAUGCGGACUCCUUCAUGGUCGCCAUGCACCUGUGCCUGCGCGGCACCCCCGAGGGGCACACCAAGAUCCUGGUCCUGGCCCAAGUCAAGAUCGUCAAGCCUGUGUGGGCGGUGGUCCAGUCGUUCAUCGAAAAGCACACCUACGCCGGAGUCGAGGAGUUCUUUCAGUCCCUCUACAGUGCGCUGCUCAGGGAUCAGAGGCGUACCACGACGCUGCCUGCCAGCGGCUCCACUUAUUAGAGCGGACAGUUUCCAAUAAAUACAUUUGCAGUUUGCACUAAUCAUAAUCGUAA